AUGGCCAGCUGGGUGUUCUGCAAUCGCUGUUUCCAGCCGCCCUCGCGGACCGCGCGCUUCAGCCUGACCAGCUGCGGCCACGUGUACUGCGACGGGUGCCUGAGCAGAGGUAAAAAGGAUGAAUGCUUGAUUUGUAAAGUUCCUUGCCGUACAGUUUUGCUUUCAAAAGAUACGGACUCGGGCAUCCAGGCGCUCUUCAUGGGCGUGGACAGCCUGUGCAGGAAGUACUCCAAGGAGACCAGCCAGGUCUCAGAGUUCCAGGAGAGACACAGGAGGAGACUGGCGGCCUUCCACAGGGAGAAGAUCGCCAGGCUGGAGGAGUCCCUCAGGGAGUCCGCGCUGCGCGUGGAGCAGCUGCAGAGCCUGAGACCGUCCCAGCACGCAGCUUUCAGCGUGACGCAGAAUCCGGUCUCAACUCCGUCAGCGACUCCCGGCGCCCCGCUGCUCCUGCGCACCGGCAGCGCCGUGGCUGGAAGGUGUGUGUGCCCACGGAGCAGGGCGGUGGUCCGUGACAGUCGCCGGGCAACACUCACAGCCCGAGCUGGUGGCCGGCCCGGCCAGGAUCUCCCUGAUCAGCCCCCCUCAGGACGGGCGCAUGGGCAGCGUCUUCUGCCCCGGCCCUCUGCCGCUCAGCCUGACGCCAGGUCGCCCCAGCGUGUCACCGGCUCUCAGGGUUUCGCCUCUGCAGAGCCCCUGCCAGGGGUCGUCCCAGAGUCUCGGCGCCCAGGCCACAGGCAGAGCAGGAGGAGGGGGCUCGUCCGGUCUCGGCAGCCCCCCGGCCCUGGCCCCCAGGCCGCCCAUCAGCAUCUCGGGGCUGCUGCAGAGACGGCAGUCAGGGUCCGCUGGCCCCGGGGGGCUCGCACUCGGGAGGUGACCUGCUGCUGCCGCCGGCCGCCUGCCGCGUGCUCCCACCAGCGCCAGCGCGGCGGCACGCCCAGGGGAGGCUGCGGACGGACGCCGAGACUCAGCAGUGCAGCCGAAUAAAGCGUUUUCCUGGCUCUCCA